ACAUCGCAGAAUAAAGACACAAAGCUAAAAAGAACCAAACAUUAGUUUCACAAAUCGAAAAACACGUUACAUUGUACCAAUUGUCAUUUUUCCACUGAUAUAUUUAGGAUCUUUCGAUAUAUCAGCAAUGGCAGCAAUAGGUAUACCCCAAUUGGCAACAGGCCCCCAAAAAUGCGUGCUAUAACACACCGAUAAUUAGUAAAACAGCAAAAAUUAAAACAUACUAACCUCAUCAAAUAUUCUCUAAAUUCUUUACUUUUCAAUUGUUGCACCAAUUUCUUCCCUAGAGUUGCCAUUUUAGAGUCUAUGUAAAGAAUGGGACUGCAAUAAGUGAAUUUAAAAUUUGUUAUGUUAAUUAAAUGACCUACACAUACACUCCAAGGAAGACUGGUGGUCAAAUAAAUGUGACAAAUGUCAAGGUUAAGGUUAUGCCAAGUCAUUCUGCAACAAUUUCUUGCCGGUUUUUCAAUCUCGGAUCUAUCCCUAAAUCUCAGAGACACUAUCAUUAAUGUUAAAAAAAAUUAUUAGAUAAUUAGAUAUAAAAAGGCCUAACCUCAACGUUUAAAUUUUAUAGAAAUUUUGAUUUUUUAACGUUACAUACCUGUCAGUGUAGUGUUAGUUGCGUACAAACCAGGCGCAAAGUAUUUGGCGCGUUUUUUAACAAUGGAAACAACAAUGGCGUCCUCCCCUAGCCGUUGUGACGAAAAGUCGAAUCCGACGGUCAAUGACUCCAACUCGAAUUUAACGGAAGACUCUGGCGAUGAAGGGGAUGAGACUUCAAGUGUUGGGAGCACUUCUACGACUUCCAGAAGCGAUACACCUACAAAUAGGGUGCGUAAAGGCCGUCGGGGUAAAAAGAAAUUUAACCCACAAAAAGUACUCAAACCUAUUUACAAGUUCACAUGUAAUAUUAAAGAAGACCACGGCCAACCCUUGUUUGGUACUCAGUUUAACCACCAUUUGAAGGAAGGACAACCGCUGAUUUUUGCAGCUGUUGGUAGUAACAGGGUCACAAUUUAUGAAUGUCCUGAGGGAAAUGGAAUAAAGCUUUUGCAGUGUUUUGCAGACCCUGACUUAGAUGAAAACUACUACACUUGUGCCUGGACUUAUGAUGAAGAAACAGGAAAGCCCCUUUUGGCUGUGGCUGGUUCAAGAGGGAUUGUAAGGAUUUUAAAUCCCGCGACAAUGAUCUGUAUGAGACAUUAUAUAGGUCAUGGACAUGCAAUCAAUGAACUCAAGUUUCAUCCAAGAGACCCCAAUUUAUUAUUGUCUGUAUCAAAAGAUCACGCUUUGAGAUUAUGGAAUAUUAAAACUGAUGUUUGUAUUGCAAUUUUUGGUGGUGUUGAGGGACACAGAGAUGAAGUUUUAAGUGCUGAUUUUGACCUAAUGGGUAAUAGAAUUAUGUCUUGUGGCAUGGACCACUCAUUAAAGUUAUGGAAGUUAAACAAGGAGAGUAUGAAGGAGGCUAUUAAACAAUCGUACCAAUGGAAUCCGACUAAAAGUACAAGACCAUUCAAUUCAUUAAAGGAACAUUUCCCUGAUUUUUCCACCAGAGAUAUUCAUAGAAAUUACGUAGACUGCGUAAGGUGGUUUGGUGAUUUUGUUUUGAGUAAGUCAUGUGAAAACUGCAUUGUGUGUUGGAAACCAGGACGUUUAGAAGAUGAUAAUUUAAGAAAGGGUGAAACCACAUCCACAGUUAUUCACAGAUUUGAAUAUAAAGAAUGUGAAAUUUGGUUUGUGAGAUUUGCUAUGGAUUUUUGGCAAAAAAUUUUGGCUCUUGGUAAUCAGACUGGGAAAAUUUUUGUAUGGGAUUUAGAUGUCGACGAUCCAGCACAAGCCAAAUGUUAUACAUUGCAACAUCCGAGAUGUGUGACAGCAAUUCGUCAGACUAGUCUCAGCAGAGACGCCAAUAUUUUAUUAUGUGUAUGUGAUGACGGAACAAUUUGGAGAUGGGAUAAAGUAGCGUAGCUAUUUUCAACAAUUUUUUUUUACUUUUUUACUAUAAAUAAACUAAAUUGAACUAAAUUU